AUGCAUGAUUUCUGCUUCACAAUCCCGUACGGGCUGAUUCUAAUCGGAGGAGGAUUUAUGGGGUACAUGAAGAAAGGGAGUAUUACAUCUUUCGCCGGAGGUGCAGGCACCGGGUUGUUACUCAUCCUCGCUGGGUUUCUCAGCCUCAAGGCUUUCGAGAAGAAGAAGAACUCCUCUGUCGCUGUGGUUCUCCAGACAGGUCUGUGCAGUUUCAUUCCUUUCUCAGCGAUCUGGGUUAUAGAUUUUGCUUAA